AUGGAUCCCUCUCUUAAUGGUGACCCCCUUUCCUCACAGUCUCAAUUGUAUUUCUCCUAUAGGACAAACAACGACAAGAGAAAUAGUACAACCAGACCCAGUGGCCACGACCAUCACCUUAAGAUCAGAAAUACUAACUACUCUGCAAAGAUCUUUCUGAAUCAAACGGUCCCUAUUCCUACUCCCGUCUCAGAAUCUGCUAAUAUGGAUGAAGGCUAUUUCUCAACGAGUCAUACGAAAAACCACAGAAGAGGCACCGAAAAUUCUCCCUUCAACUCAAACGCAACUUUAGUGAAUGAACUCUCUCUCCCCUCAAGGGUAAGCUCAGUAUCAUCCGAAACAACGUUAAACUCUUGUCACUUAAACGAUAAUGACACUGUUGAUUCAAAGACUUUGGUUCCAAUGAAAAUAAACGAAGAAGAUGCACUUGAAGACCCCCAAGAACAUGUGCAGGAAAACCAACAAGAUAAUGGACAAGUACCGGGAGAUGAAGCUGAAGAAGAAGUUGGGGAAGAAGUUGGGGAAGAAAAAGAAGAAGUAGAAGAAGGAAUAGUUGGUGAUGAACAUGAUUAUCAACAUCAGUAUCGGCGUGGACGCCCUUCAAGUUUGAAUCUAAUCAACUCGAAUUUUAAUAAGCUGUCUCUUGACUCAGAUAACGAUCUCCUUUCCAGGAGAGAAAGCACUCCACAAUGUUCUUCUUCUGCGUCCUCCUCUUCCUCCAUCAAUAGAGGUAUGUUCAAUAGAUCUAAACUUCAUGGUCUAGGUCAUCGUACUACUAAAAGUGAUAGUUUUAGUUUGAAAUUGCCCUUGAAGAAGUUGGAGAAAAAAUCAAUCAAUCAAUUGAAUGAUUUAACCGAAGAAGAUUUUAAUGAAUUUCCAUUGACCAAUAACACCAACAAUAGUAAUAAUAAAAACAACAAUAACGACUACGGCAACAUCGACAACAUCGACGAUAUCCGCAGCAAUUGCAAAAACAGCAACGGCAACGAUAUCCGCAGCAACAUCAAUCUUGCCAUCACACCUAGUGGCGGUAUUAACAAUCACUCAAAACCGUUGGCAUCAGCCCCAUUGGAUUUCAACCAUCAUUUCCCUUUCACCUCUCCAAAUAAUGAACAAACCUCAAUAAUAUCAAAUGAUACCCCAACUUCCACUCCAAAGUCUGCAGAAUUUAAUUUUUCGUUAACAAGUAAACCGCUUCUCCCCAAUAGUAGCAGCAAUACUACUACCUCGAACCUUAGCUCUGACUCUUUACCACUGAGAACAUCCACAAGAGCUAAGAGAAAUAGCUUGAAAUUACCCGAUAAAGUGCAUCUUCUUAAAUUAGAAGAUGCACAGUUAUUAAUAUUAAAUAAAUUGAAUUCAGUUGGAGAUGAUAAUUUAUCAAACCUAUUAAUUAUCGAUGUACGUCCGUUCCACGAUUUUUGCCAGGCUCAUAUGUCCCACUCAAUUAACAUCUGCUUACCUUCAACUCUUUUGAAAAGGCCAACAUUCACUUUACAAAAAUGUAUUCAAACUUUAACUAGUAAGGAAAAAAACGUAUUUUCUCGUUAUGCUCUCAGGAACCCGAAUGAUUUACCAGAUGUUUUAUUCUAUGACAAUUUCAAUGCUUCUAGAGAUAGUAUCUCUUCUCAGGUUUUCUUCCUUGUAAGUAAAUUUUUACAAGAUUCAAAUUGGAAUUCCUCAUUUUAUAUAUUAGAAGGUGGCUUCAAUAAAUUCAAUGAAAAAUACAAUUAUGACAAGGAAAACAGUAACAACCACAAUGACAAAUUAAACCUCCCUGACAAUCCAAACAAUUCAAGCACUUCUAUGAUAUCACGCGAGAGUGCUGUUGAUGAUAGACUAACCUUACCCUCCGAAAAUGACAACAGUUCAACCUCUUUUUCAUCAAGCACUUUUUCAUCCAAUUCCAACUACUUAUCUCCUCAUUCUUUGAUUUCACCGGCUAUUGCAAAUGUUUCAAAAAACUCAAACGCUGCCACUUCAAAUAAAUCAUCUCCAACCGCAUUGUCUAGAUUCAUUUUACCUGAUUCUGUGAAUAAGCCUGUAUUUAAAACCAGAAACUAUGAUGAAGUUCUUACGUCAAAUACAGAUUUGUCAAUUCAUUUGACUUCUGUCUUAACUCCAAACGAAUUUUCGAAAUUGCCUGUUUGGCUAACCAACGUAUUUGGUAAUGAUCUAGGGUCGUCUAUCCUAACAGACAAAUUUAACCAUUUACAACUGGAGGAACGGAAUAGAUUAAACCAGGCUUUCAAUAGGUCCAUUGAUGAAAAUAAUAGCAACCCUUCAUAUAACGGCCCGUUAAUCUCCUCAGGAAUCGAACUGGGAAGGAAGAAUAGAUAUAAAGACAUCUUCCUUUAUGAACAUGCAAGAGUGAAAUUGAACAAUGAUUCGAAUGACAUUCUAUUAAAUUACAUCAAUGCUUCUUAUAUCAAAUACCCUAGCUCAAAGUUGAAUUACAUUGCAACCCAAGGUCCUUUAAAAGAAACCAUCGGUGAUUUCUGGAAAGUUGUUUACGACAACGAUACCCCAAUUAUUUUCUCAUUAACACCACAACACGAGAAUCUAGUUGAAAAAUGUGCACCUUUUUGGAAUUCCGGCAUUUUUUAUUCAAAUGGUACAAAGAUGACUGUUGGGUUAGUCGAAGAAAUUCAAGAUUUGAAUAUAACUUGUGGAAAUAAAGCAUCCUGUAGUGCUCGUCUAAUUUCCAUCCGGUCUGACGAUAUGCCAGUCAAACAUAUUCUACAAGUACACAUGAUGAGUUGGCCUGACUUUGGUAUCGUCAUAUCCGAGGAAGAUAUUUUGAGUCUAAUUGGUCUGAAGAAAUACGUUCUGCACGAAACUGACUUGUCUUCAAAGCCAGUUGUUGUUCAUUGCAGUGCCGGCUGUGGUAGAACAGGAGCAUUUUGUGUUAUUGAUACGUGUAUUGAUCUUUUGUCCCAUAGCGGCGACCUUUCGUCACCAUCAUCAUCAAAAGAUUUGGUAUAUGAGAUUACAUCUGUUUUUAGAUCGCAGAGGAUAUUUAUGGUUCAAACUUUGAGACAAUACAUUCUAAUAUACGACACGAUCAUCAAAUUUUUUAAAAUGAGGAGAAAUCCAGAGAAAUUUAUCAUCGGUGAUAAAUUAACAGUUGACGGGUUAAUCGAUUGGGAGGCUAAAGAUCCGGGAAUUUUAGGAAAUUUCAUAUCACUUAAGUUAAAAGAAAAGGAGCUAAAUCAUUGA